AUGAGUGAUGGUCGUGAUGUUGAUGAUCCUGAUAUCUCUUCGGAGAUAUUUAAUAAGACUGCCGAAGUCAUUAGAGCAUAUGAUAAUGCAUUCGGCGCUUCAGUUAAAGCUUCUCAAGCAUUUUUCGAUUUACAAACAAUCCUUCCACCGUGUAUGAGAAUGGGAGUAAUCACAGGAAUUCCACCAUCAACUGAUGUUGAGAUGCCCUCGGGCGAUGAACAAUAUAUCUUAACACAACCACAAUCAUCUGCUUCUAAUACUCUUGGAUCUUCAGCAACGAGUAAUUCCGCUAAAAUAAGAAUCACUUCAACAAAGUCUAGACAACAAGAGCAGGCUGCAUUUGAUUCGGAUCUGCUCUCCGCAUUUCAAGCUGUAUAUGAAAGACGUAUUGCAUAUGAUAAAAUUUCACAGAAAAAACUGGCUAUUGAAUUAAAUGAAUUGUCCAAUGGGAAAACGGCCAUUGUUCAAGACACUAAUGAGGAAGCAAAAAAAGAAGCCGAGGUUGAAGCUGAGUUAAAGCCCGUCAUAGAAAAAGAGACCGAAGCUAAAGCUGAAUUAGAAACAAAACCGUACUCCUUCACUAGCAAUGAUGGGUUCUUGAACUCUAAUCUUUUGACUGAAGCUGUACAAACCAGCAACAGACAUGCUGUUCCUAAUCUUCCUAGUAUCGACCAGCAGUGUGGAAAAAUUAUUCCACUCCUUACUAAUUACGUAUCGUAG